CUGUUGGCGCACAAAAGGAAGAAAUGAUUUCAUGCCGUGCUAGCCAAUAGCCAUAUAGCUCUCUCUCUCUGUUUGUCGCAUGAUCAUUGCAGUGUCACUAGUAAGGUCGAUGUGCUUUCUUUCUCUAAUUUAUCAGAAUUUUUUUGACUUUUGUUUGUGAGGUUUUCUUGCAAGGUGUAGUGCAAUUGUUUUCGCAAUUUAGCCCAAGUGUCUGUAGUUAAUUUGUGUAAAAAUCGUCUAUCCUUAGCAAAUAAUGUCCGACAAGAAAGAUUUUUGAUUAAUAGUGAAAACGUAAUGGAUCAAAACUACGACAAAACUAAUUUUUGGACACCCCCUGAAUUAACGACAAAACAUUUGAUAGCACUUGGUGGCGCAGGCCCUCCUCAGUCAAGCGGACCGUCUUUUACCCCCCAACCUCCGCAACAGGCUAAUCCCCCCAUGCCGACUAGCCAACCCUAUGGAGUGAUGCCUGGUAUGCCAGGGGGUAACCCAUACGUUAUUCCUGGACAGACUCAAAUAUAUCCACAAGGUCCACCACCGACCUAUGAUCAAGCUUUAACCCAUCCCGCUGCUAUAGUUGGCCAACAUAUGUACCCACCUGGUACCAUGUACGCUGCUGGUUAUCCGACAUAUUUAGGAUAUCCCACUUAUGCCCCAAUGCAGUAUUAUCCAUCUCUAGGUGCUUAUUCUUAUGCCAUGCAACCUGCACAACUCAGGCCCACUAUUAUGAUACCUAACGGUUACGACGGAGGCGCUAGAUUUGACGGUAUAACUCAACAGGUAUUACCACCCGCUCCUCCAGGUGUGCCACCAUCAGCAGCGCAACUGGCGGCAAUGGCCGGUCACCAAGUCGCUCUAGGACAGAAGAAGAACACUUUCUUGGCGGGCGGUUCAGACGGAGGUUACACUUUCUGGUAGAACGAGUCGUUUCCACCUUUUGAUAGGAAAACGAAAUUGUUAUAUUUUUAUUUGACGGACAGAUUCCCCGUUACCUAAAAAAAAUACCGAUACGGGGUUUUUAAAUCUAGUCCUUAAUUCAUAGGCCAGUUAAGUUAUUGCAAUUCACAAAUAAAUAUCGUAUAUAAUUAAAAUGUCAUUUUGAUGUCACCUGUCAUUGAAAUUUCAUAAAUUUAAGAGGACUCUAAAUAUCUUUUUAUUCAAUAUUACGUUAUUAUAAAUUUUAAUUGAACUUAAAGGAUGGCAACAUUUUUUAUUAUUCAAAAUUUGAUAAAAAUCGUUAAAUUUACUGUGAUAUGUCGAACGUCAAAAUUUACUGUCAACGUCAAAGUGUCGGUAAUUAUUUGUGAAUUGUAAAUUAUAAUAGCGCACUAACAACUGGCGUAUCAGUGAUUAUUUUCUCUCUUUUUUUAUUUAAAUGAGUCAGGUAAUGAAAAUCUUGGUUGCUCCGAUUUUAUAGUUAACAAAAAUUAACGAAACAAAAAAAGUUAAACCAACUAUUUAGGACGUAAAUAUAGUAGGUAAAUAAUAAAAAAAAAAAACAAAACUAAAACAUACGUUUUAACGAAAACAACAAAAAAAUAAAUAAAUAGUUAUUACCUCACGAUAGUUCUUUUAAUUAUGUUCAAAAUGUUUUAAAUUAUUCCCAGAUAUCUUUGUUUUUUUUUCUGUAUCGUAGUUAUCUUUGCUAGAGUUUAUAUUUUGUAUUCAGUUCUCUUCAAAAAUAUAUACACUUUCAUGUUAAAUUUUUUUCCUGAAUACCUUUAGGUACUUACCAAUUCAUUUGGUAAUGUUGACAUUUCGAAGAUCAAAAAGGUUUUUCCUCUUGUUGUCGUGCCUCGUAGAGCUAAGAUUUCAGAAUUUCAUGUUAAAUUUUUUUCCUUAAAAACGGGCAAAGCAAUAUGAAUACUUGAUAAACGAGGUUAUAUAGGUGAUUUGGCCCAUUGAAUUGACAAAAUGUACCAAUAAAUCUAUUUCGUUUACUUAAGUAAAGCAAAUUUUAAACUUUUAGAGAGCGAUGACUAAAUUUUGCAAGUAUAUAAAAUGUUUAAGAAAAAAUAGAAAUUUAUCAGCCUUUAUAGGCGUUUUUAAAGAAAAAAUCAAACUGGAAAUUCUGUAAUGGUACCUACCUUUUUUUUAUUUAUUUUAGUGAAAAUUUAUUUGACCAUAGGUUGUGUGUAUUUUAAUUUAUAUAAACAAAUAAUCAUUUACUUGCCCUCCCCUCAAAAAAAAAAAACAAAAAGCAAAAAAAAAGGUCAAAAGAUUCGAUUCUAGUGCAAUAAAUACAUUGAUCGAAUUGUACUUUGUUGAAUGAGAAAAAAAUUUUAAUUUAAUUUCAUUGGAUUUUUUUAGAGUUCCGAGCAGUAUAUACAGGGUGAAUUAGAAAAUUAUUCUUGUUAAAAUAAAUGAAAAUACAUAUAACGAUGUUGCAAAACUUAUAAUAAACUUCUUAUGUCUUGUUGUAUAAUCAAAUAUAAUAGUCUUAGUCGCAUUGCAAAUCCGCUUGGUCCGAGACGUGAUUAAUAAUUCACCCUAUAUAUAUGUAUUAUAUGAAUAGGCAAUAAAAGUUUAGCAGAAGUAGCAAACUCUUCUGAAUAUUACAGAUCGUACACUGAAAGUACAAAGAAAGGUAGAUUUUUGUCGAAAAUUAGGUUACUCGAUCCUUUAUGUGUCAUAUUAUUUACUUACAGGGUUUUUCAAAAUGACGGAUUUUAACUAGUACGUAUACCUAGAAAAGUAUUGAACAUAUUUUAACCCGAUUUUAUUCAUCUUGUUUUUUUUUAAUGCAAUAAACAUUUCGAAACGCCCUGUAUAUCGUCGGUUAAGAAAAAAAUCUGGCUGGUAAAUUUGUAAUUUUGACCAUUAACACAGUAUUAUUAUAGGUAGCAAAAUAAUUCAGUUCAGCAUUAUUUUUGCUUCUAAAUGCCUCAAAAGAAUUUUUUAAUUAUUCGUUUAAUUUAAAACGUCACAAAUGACAUUGAUUUGGAUAUCCUGUCAUGUAUAAGGCAUUUAGAUAACUGGAAGAAAAAAUGUGUUUUUAUGGAUCAAAACAAAAAUAAACAUCACUUGUCACUAGUUUGAAGUGAAAUGCUCGAUACAUGUUCAAAUUUUUUAAAAUAUACUCCUACAAUUACUGUUCAUUUUUUUUAUAUUCAUGACAUAUCAAUCUGUAAUGUUUAUAACAUUUUUAUUUAUCAUUUGACAUUUACAAAUUGAAAUUUUCAUUGAUUUAUUGACAGCGUGCAAAUUGUCAUUAGUAUUGUCAGUUGUCAGAGUUGAUUUAACAAUUUUUAUGUACCUAUAUUCGUUGAUUUGAACAUGCGAUAUUUUGUAUUUUCUGCGCAGCUUUCAAAAAAGUACCACUAGUCAAUCAAAUAAUGAAUACAAUCGAGAAUGGACAAUUAUUGAUCUAUUUGUGACAUAUUUCUUAAAUGAACACCAAACUAAAUUUUAUUGUUACUUGCCGCAGUUUUGUUGUACUGAUAUUUAUGUUGUUGUAUUUGAAGAAGAAAAAACUUUACAAUGAAAAUAUUAUUGUGAGACUGUGGAGAUCUAUUGUGAAAUAUAUUAUGACAAAAAUAUUGUU